CCUACCUACCAUCACCUUAUAAUAAUCGACUUUUCCUCUCACCUUGUAUCUACUGUACCUCUCCUGUCUUGUAUCCUCUAACUCUCUCCAUUGACAACCUCACCGCAUCAACUCAAGGCACGGUCGUUCUGCUACCAAAAAUGGCAAGGAAAAAGUUCUCCAAACCCAAGGGAGAGACAAGGACCUCUUUUAUGUUCCCGUCGCUCCACCAGGACGUUAUAGACGCAGUAUCUGACCAGAUCACUUCACCAACGUUCCACACAAACGAUAGUGACAGAGGUUCUAACAACGAACACCCAACCCACGUUAUGGGAAAGUUCGAGUGCAACAACAACUCCUGUUUUAAAGAUGGGUGGGGCAGCAAGAAGGUGGCCAUAUUGAUAAGGGGAUUUCCGGGGAUUGGGUACAACGCUGUAGUGUUUAGUCAGCGUUGCAAGUCUUGCAACCAGCUAGGCACCCUAAUACUGGACGAGCAGUCUUAUAUCGAUCGAGUCGCGUACAGGCUUAAGAAAUGGGCUGACAUUCCCAUGGAGCGGCGUCCCUACAACCAUAAAGGAGGCCCACCCCAUAAGAGCAGCCUCUGCGAAGGUUGCAAGAGAGGUGUUUGUCGGCAAACAAACGAAUAG